AUCCCAUGUAUCUGAUUAGCAGGUAGGCCCGCUUCCCCAGGGAGGACUUUUCAUUGGUUUCUCUUUUCUUUCCUUGCAAUAGCCAUGGUGCUUCUCUGGGAGUUUACAUCUCACAUUCUAUAGUUUUGGGAGUUGUUUUAAUUGCCUGGACUAAAACUGUGGAUCAUUGAGGGGAGGUGAUGCAGAUGUGCGGUGCAACACCUCACCCUAGCAAGCUGCAGAAAAACAUGGCAACCUUUCAGGACUGUUUGCCAAAGCUGACCUGCCCCCUUCUUCUGCUCACCUGAGCUCAUCCUUCCUCCAUUCUGAGCACAGACCCAAUCAUCAACGUCACCACAGUCCAAAAUGUCUUCCCACAGACGCCACUUUCACUGCUUUGACGCUGUAGGAGGCGAAGGCACCCACAGGUCUUCUAUUCCUUUUAAGCGCCACAGCACCCGCUUACCCAGAAUCCCCCAACAUGGCAUGGUGGCCCAUCAUGAACCCACAGCCGAAUGCUAUCUUUGCUCAGAGUGUAGACACGCCCAUGCCUUGGAAGCAGUAGAGACUCAGUUGUCACCUUUCUAUCACACUCACCCAUCAUGUCACCACCACCAUCCACACCACUAUGUUCUCAGUGGGCCGAGCAGGCCUGAAGAAACACCUCUGGGCCACGAACGCCACAUUCAUCAUCACCGAUACAGUAAGAAACUGGUGUUGGUGAAGAACAGUGACCCCUCAUUCAGAAAGACCAUCAUCUUGCACCGCAGGGGUCUACGCAGUUUUGGGCUUUUCUUAGAGGAGGUUUCCGAGCUCAUGCAGUACCACAUCAGGAAGCUGUACACUGUGGGCGGGCACAAGAUCGACAGCGUUCAGAGUCUUCUGCAGUGCCCCGGCAUUCUUGUCUGUGUCGGCCGGGAGCCUUCUCACCCAUCGAUUGUGGAGAACUUUCGGAAAACAUCCGAUGAUAAACUUCCAAAGCUGAGUGUGAGGUCACGCUCCGGUGGCUGCACGGACGGACAUGAGAGACUCCCUUCAAAGAAAAGUGUCAUCCAUCCAAACCUGGAAUCUGGAAACAAAGUUAUCAGGCAGUCAGUGUCAUCUGACAAGUCAGGCCCAGAUGGAACUGAUUCACCAGACAAUGUCAACUCCUGCCCACCCACUGGUGACGGGGUGAGGGAAGAUGAUAUAGAGAAACGUGUUCGUGUUAAUAAAGAUGGCAGUUUAUCAAUGGAGAUGAAAGUGCGCUUUAGACUGCAAAAUGAUGAAACAGUGCACUGGUCCACGGAAGUAAGAAAGACCACAGGCAGGACCUGUGACUACCACCAAGGAAACAAUAACCCAUACUUUCCGAGCUAUCUUGAAUCUGAAAACAUCUCUGCUGUUCAGCCAGAUGACCAUUUCAUGGGUCAGCACUAUCAGAGACAUCAAGAAGAACCUCAUUGUCCUCACUGCUGCGGUCACUGCCAGGAUUAUGAAAUCUGGAAAAAUGUACCAUUAACACAUGGGGCAAGUCGCCGCAUUCAAACAUCUAGCUCAAGUGGAUCUUCACAUACAGUGGUCUCUAGAAAGACAGUAGUAUCUAGAUCAAGCGAAGAGCUUACUGAACAAGUGGUGGAGACAGAGACUUGUGUGAAGCAGACUAUUGAGGCAGCUGAAACUGUAGAGUAUUGCAACAUCGGGAGUGAGGCUUGCUCGCCAAAGUGCAAUGUGCAAUCUUCCACUUUGUAUAACUGUCUAAAUGAGAAAUCAGAACAAACAAGAUCCAUUACUAGGCAAAUUCCACCCCAGAGUCCUCAAGAUACAACAUCCAAUGCUUCAGGACAAUCUAGCAAGUCAAAAAAAUCUAAACCCUCACACGCUUGUCAUUGUGGAGUAUCUGAAGAAAAUACAAAAGGACAAAUCUACACCCGAGCUGAAGAGGAAGGCAAAAUACAAAGAGAUUGUUCAAGUGCCAUGUCUUUAAAAUCUAAUGCCUCUUGCAGAUCAACUGUGUCUGGCAAAAUACAGGACCCAGAGACAAAGGAUGAAGAGGAGAACAGGUCUAAAAGUGCCAUGUCAGUUCAUUCAAAUGCCUCGACAAAAUCCAAAUCGGAUGUUUUGGAUGUUGCAGUUGGAGGAUCUCAAGCAUGUGAUGACAAUGGAACACACAAAAGAGCACUGAGCAGCAUGUCUGUUAAAUCCUCCAAAUCUGAAAAAUCUGUGAAGUCUGAACCUAAACAACGUAAAUCAGAGGAAGAUGUUGAAGAAGAAAAACCAAUAAGUCCCAUCUCAGCAAGGUCAGAGAUGUCUAUUAAAUCCAGAGGAUCAAGGGCAUCUUCUGUCCCAGGUGAAAAAGAAACAAACGAGGAAACUCAGCCGAGGACACCUAGUGUCACAUCAACUGCUUCAGAUUCUUCUGUAGAGUCACCUGAGGCAUCUGCAGAAGAAAGCAUUCAAAAGCCAGCUGAGAAUGAAACUGAACGGAGAACACAAAGCACCAUGUCUGGGAAUUCAAACACUUCAGCAAAAUCUACAAAGUCAAGCGCAUCUGAAGAGCCACAUACAGGAAAUGCAGAGGAAAGAUCUGAAAGAACAGUAAGUGUAAUGUCAGCUAGGUCCGUCAAGUCAAAUGAAUCUGCAACAUCUAGAAAGUUAAACGAUGAGACAGAAGAGACAAGGGAGGCAACUAGUGCCAUGUCAGUUAACUCUUAUUCAUCAGCAAGAUCUAAAGGAUCCAAGAGGCCCAAUCCUCGUGAUGCAACUGAAUGUGUCGGUUCAUCAGAUGAUAUAAAUACUGAAGAGCAAAGCAGAGAGAGACCACAAAGCAUACUGUCAGUCAAAUCAGCAAAGUCUGUAAAGUCCAGUAUUUCUGCAAAAUCCAGCAGAUCCAAACACGGAGAACAGGGAGAGGAGAGGGGACCAAGUUCUUUGUCAGUAAAAUCAGUUCAGUCCAAUGUGUCAGCCAAAUCAAAAGGGUCAAACACUUCAGCCAAAUCUAAUAUGUCAGCGCCCACCGAUACUGAAGCUGAAGAAAAGGCUGCAGUUAAUGAUGAAUAUGAAGAAAGACCUCCAAGCAAUGCAUCAACCACAUCUGCUAAAUCUUUAAAAUCGAAUGCUUCUGCAGUUACUCCUGAAAGCUGUGGUGAUGCUUCUGAAGAAACUAAUAUUGAAGGUGAGACUGAAGGAGAAUCAGUGAGCUCAUUGUCAGUUACAUCAGAUAUUUCUGUAACAUCAUUUAAAUCAAAAGAAGAAGGCACUGAGAUGCUUCAAGAAGCAAAUGAUGAAGAGGAAACUGAACAAAGACCACCAAGCUGCUUAUCAGCUAAAUCACUACAGUCACAAGUUUCCGAAAUAUCUGCAGAGCGAGUACCAAGUGCUUUGUCAGCUAAAUCAGCGAAGUCACGUGCUUCUAACACAUCUAAUAAACCAAAAACAUAUGAAGUUUGUGCUUGCCAAGCCAAUGAAAGAUAUGGUGAAGAAGAAAAUCAGGAAAGAGCACAAAGUGAAAUAUCAAACAGAUCUGGAAAGUCAACUAAUUCUGCAAAAUCUCCAAAGUCAAAAGAUCAUGAAGAGGAAAAUAUAUCUGUUCAUACGGAAAAUGAAGAGAGAGCUCCAAGCAAUCUGUCAGUCAGAUCAGGAAAAUCAGGAAAGUCAAAUGCUUCUGCAACAUCUAAAAGAUCAAAGGUUUCUGAAAUUUCCUUGGAAGACUUUGCUGACCAUCCCGAGGAAAGAAUCGUUGAAGGCGAGAGUGAAGUGAGAGCAGUGAGUGCUAUGUCUUCCAAGUCAGCUAAGUCAGAUAUUACUGCAAGAUCAAACACAACAAAUCAUUCUGUUAAUGCUCCAGGUAGCGAAAACUCAGAGAACUCUAAUGAAGAAAAUGACAAAGAGCAAACAGAACAAAGAGCACAAAGUAGCCUAUCAGCCAAAUCAGGUCAGUCACAUAUUUCCAACAGAUCUGAAAAGUCUGCAGAUAGAUCACCCAGUGCUUUCUCAUCUAAAUCAGCAAAGUCACAUACUUCAAACAAAUCUGUGAAAUCAAAUAUUUCUGAAGUUCUGUGUAGUGAUACUGAUAAAAUAGAUGGUGAAGAUCAAACUCCAGAGAGACCACAGAGUGCAAUUUCAGCCAGAACUGAAAAAUCAACAGUUUCUGCAAAAUCUAGUAGAUCAACGAUAUUGGAAGAUAAUAUAGUUAGGGAACACACAGAGAGAGCUCCAAGCAAUCUGUCAGUCAGAUCAGAAAGAUCAGCAAAGUCGAAUGUUUCUUCAGCAUCAAAGAGAUCAAAUGUUUCUGUAGCUGUCUUAGAAGACAAUGUUGACCCUUCUGACGAAAGAAUUAUUGAAGGGGAGAGUGAAGAUGGCACAAUGAGAUCAGCAUCUGCGCAGUCAGAUAUUUCUGCCAGAUCAAAUAGGUCAAACCAGUCUGCUGAUGCAUCAACUAAAGAAAAGUCAGAGAGUGCUGAUGAAGAAAAUAACAAAGAGCAAACGGAACAAAGAGCACAAAGCAGCUUAUUAGCCAAAUCAGCUAAGUCACGUGUUUCUGAUAGAUCUGAAAAGUCUGCAGAUAGAUCACCCAGUGCUUUAUCAGCUAAAUCAGCAAGGUCACAUACUUCAAACAAAUCUGUGAAAUCAAAUAUUUCUGAAGUUCUGUGUAGUGAUACUGAUGAAAUAGAUGGCAAAGAUCAAACUCAAGAGAGAUCACAGAGCGCAAUUUCAGCCAGAACUGAAAAAUCAACCGUUUCUGGAAAAUCUAGUAGAUCAACAAGAAUGGAAGAAAAUAAAGUUGAUCAUGAGGAACCCACAGAGAGAGCUCCAAGCAAUCUGUCAGUUAGAUCAAGAAAAUCAGCAAAGUCAAAUGUCUCUGCAACAUCUGGAACAUCAGAUAUAUCUGAAGCUCUUUUAGGAGACUGCAUUGACAAUACAGAGGAUGGAAGUGUUAAGGGUGAAACUGAAGAGAGGGCAAUGAGCUCAUUGUCUGUCCAGUCAGAUAUUUCUGCAAGAUCAAAUAAGUCAAAACGAUCUGUUGAUGCUCCAAUUAAAGAGGACAGAAAGACUUAUGAUGAAAGUGAAGAAAGAGCACAAAGCAGCUUAUCAGUCAAGUCAGUUAAGUCACAUGUUUCUGAGAGAUCUAAAAAGUCUGCAGAGAGAUCACCCAGUGCUUUGUCAGCUAAAUCCACUCAAUCGCAUGCUUCUAUAAUAUCGGUCAAAUCAAAUGCUUCUGAAGAUCAGUCUGGCACAGUUGCGCAUAUUGCUGAUGUAGGAGACCCUAAAGAUGAAACUGAGGAAAGAGCACCGAGUGCAGUGUCAACCAAAACUGAAAAGUCAGCUAUUUCUGAAAAAUCCUCAGUGUCAAAAGUAUUUCAUUGUCCAGCUGAAAACGAUAUUUGUGAUCUGGAGGACCAUGAAGAUCGGUCUCCAAGCAAUAUGUCUGUCAGCUCAGCAAAAUCAGCAAAGUCAAAGACUUCAGAAGUUUCAAAAAAAUCAAAAUCUUCUGCCAUUCAAUGUGAUCGCAUUGCAGAAAAGGAAAAUAAUAAGGAGCACACUGAAAGCAGAUCGGUAAGUUCAAUGUCACUCCAUUCAGCUGAUUCAAAUGUUUCUGAAAGAUCAGAUAUAUCAAAAUGUUCAGCAGAGCCUCCAGCUGAAGAGAGAGUCACCACACCUAAAUCCCAUGUAUCUACUAUAUCUAUAAAAUCUAAAGCUUCAAAAGUUGCUUCAGAGCAUAAAUCACCAGCGCAAGGAAAUGAUGAGGAUGAACCUCAAAACAGAACAGAAAGUGCAAUGUCAGCAAAGUCCUCUAUUUCUGCCAAAUCCAAUAAGUCAAAAUUAUUGGCUGCCCCAGUAGAAGAAAUAUCUCAUGAUUCUGAUCAUACUGAAAGACCUGUAAGCAGUAAAUCACAGAAAUCAGCAAAAUCAACCAAGUCAAAUGUUUCUGUGAAAUCUAAGAAAUCAAAAGCUACUAACAUCCCUUCUGAACACAGCACUGAGAUUGCUGAUGCAGAGUCUGAGGGAAGAGCGAGCUCAUUGUCAACACACACGAUAAGGUCAAAUAUUUCUUCAAAAUCCAAAAAGUCAAAAUGUUCUCAUGUACCAAAUUGUGAGAACUCCAAUGAAGAUAAUAACAAAUCACAAACUGAAGAAAGAUCUCCAAGUGUAAUGUCAGUCAAAUCAAAUAUUUCCCAUGUUACAGAAAGAUCCAAUAAGUCACAUGCCUCUGAUAUUACUGAAGACGUUGAUGAAGUCACUGAUGUGUCUGCUGAAGAGCAUGUGGCAGAAGAUGUAGUGAGAGCAGCUAGCGCCAUUUCAGCCGGAUCUGCAAAGUCACAUGCCUCAACACGAUCUAUGAAAUCAAAAGGCACAUUUCCAGGUGAAGGAAGUGCUGAUGAAGAAAGCGCAAAGACAACAACAAGUUGUACAUCAGCUAACAAAGAAAAUGUAGAGCGAGCACAAAGUUCUAUGUCAGCAAAGUCAAGUGGUUCAAGGAGAUCUGCAAAAGGAUCUCGAGCUUCUGCUGGAAAUUCUGCUGAGGAACAUGCUGAAGAAGAAACUGAGGAGAGGUCACCAAGCAGUAUGUCGGCCAAAUUAAACAAAUCAAAUGUUUCUGUGUCAUCAAGGAAUUCGACAACAUGUGAAAUAUCUUCAGAAUGCAACAAUGCCAAUGAUUUGGAGACUGUACAGAGAUCUCUAAGCUCCUUGUCAGCAAAAUCAGCCCGAUCCACCAAAUCACUGCAAUCCAACAUUUCUUCAAAAACUGCUAAGUCAAAACUCUCUGUUGGCAAAGAAAAUCAUGAAGCGAAUGUGGAGAAAGAAACAACUGGUGCCUCCAUUAUAUCUACUGAAAAUUGUUUAAAUGACACUGAUGAAAAUACAGCAGAAGACUCAGAGAACAGAGCAAUGACCUCAAUGUCUACCGAGUCAAAUGCAACAUCAGUAUCUACAAAAACAAGAGCUUCUCAAAAAUCAGGGAAAUCAAAAGUGCUGGAGCAGGUAGCUGAUAAGGCAGAUCCAGCACAGAGGAGUCCAAGUGUUUUAUCAGUGAAGUCAAACACCUCAGGAAGAACAAAAAAAUCAAAUAUAUCUGGAACAACCGCCACUGAAACGGUUGGACAUGAAGAAGAAGCUGAUGACAGUGCCAUGUCAACCAAAUCAGUUAGUUCAUCAAAGUCAAAUAAAUUACAAGGUCCAGAAAUCACUACUACAAACAGUUCUGGCCAUCCUAAUGAAGAGAAUACUGAAGAGAUAUCUGAGAGAGCACAGAGUGCUGUGUCAGCAAAAUCAAAAAGGUCAGUAAAAUCAACAAAAUCUGACAUAUUAAGCAAAUCAGAUGUCCCCAUCGUGACCGUUGGGGAAAAUGAAAACAGAGCGCCUACAGGCAUGUCAACGAAGUCCAAGGCUUCAUCCUCUUCAAAAAAGUCCAAAACAUCUGAGAUCAGUGGAAAGAAAAAUGCCACAACUGCAGAUGUCUCUUCUGAGCGGACCAGUGUUUCUCCACUAAAUUUAGAAGUAAUGAAGCCAAAGGAAAAGAGCCGAUCUACUUUGCACGAAAGCAGCAGUCACUCUACAACAAUCAAGUCAGGUAAACAGAACAAAGAAAAUCCAGCUGCCAAAUCAAACUCUGGAAGACAUUCAGCAAUGUCAGAAACAAGUCAGAGAGCAAAGCAGCAGAAAGAAAAUGAACAACAUGUCAUAUCUCACACAGAGUCAAAUGAAAGUGACUUGUCACAAACUCUGUCUAGUUCAGAUAUCAUCAAAGAGAUGUGUGAGUCUCCAGCACACAGUCAAUCAAAACAUAAUGUUCCUCACAGGAUAAACGGUGACCUGGAUACUAAGGAAAGUGGUGGAAGUGUCACUGACAAGAAAACUGACAGAAGCAGCAAAUAUCUGCACAAGAGCACCGAAGUUGAUGAUUUUGACCUGGUCCCAUCCAGCCUACCCAACACAUCCCCUACUGAGGUUGUAAAUGAAUGGCUGAAAACACUGCCAGCAGAGGGUGAAUUAGAUGACGUAGAGGAAUUUAAUGAAAACUGCGAUGGACCAAAAACUGUCCCCACAACAGAAGAAAUUAACAGAGCGGAUACUGUUAACAACCCAACUGAGAAUUCAAAAAGCCCAGUAGAAGGAGAGGCAAAGAAAUGUGUUCCUAAUAAUGACUGCGAAACAAGCAAAGAAACACCAAAGGAAGAUAACGCCUCUACUGAUGCAGACAAUGCCUCAAAAGUAUUUAACUCUUCCAUACAAGUGAUGAAAGUCCUUUUAAAUCCGAAGCUAGACAGAUGCAACAGUUUACCAGAAAUUUCUCCAGCUUAUGGACGUAAGCUGAGCUCCUCAGCUAGAGGUUUUUUGGACUGCCUUGUGAAGCUGCAGCUAAUAGACCAUGAUCCAAAAAAUGCCAAUGAGAAAAAUGAAAGGUAUCAAGAACUCAUGGGUAUUCUUCAGUCCCUUUGGCUUUGUGAUCCUCCUGAAAAUGAACAUGCAUUACGGAAAGAUGAUCACCAUUUUGCAGAUGAUGAUUUCAAUCAUACGUCAUCGUCUGGCGUGGAUGUCAACAGUGGCUCCACAGGCUCCGGGAACAGCAGUGAUGGUAUAAAGAGUGGCAAUGACGUGAAUGGUGAUGUUUCUAAACCUCACGCCACUGUGGAUAUGUUUAAGAAGGUAGAACAAGUGUGUGAAGUUGAAACAGAUGCAGAUGUUCAGAGCACAUCAGUAAGAAAGGCAGAAGGAAUGUGUGAAGAUGAGCAAAAGGAAAAUUAUCCAGCAAGCAGUGAUAGUCCAAGAGAACAAUCUGAAACACCACAUUCCUCAAACAAGAGUUCAAGAAAUUUCAGCGAGGGCCAAAAACUUCCAGAAGCUGAAACCGAUUCUUCAGAGAACAGCAACUCUGAGAGCCCUCUCCUCAUAGAAAGAGAAGAGCUAGCUAAAAUGAUUUCACAAGAUGAUCCUGCUUGGGUCUUAAACUUAUUAAAUAAAAUUGAAAAACAGUUCAUGACUCAUUAUAUCAAAGCGAUGAAUGAGUUCAAAGCUCGAUGGAACCUGGGAGAUAGUGAGCAGCUUGACAGUAUGAUUAAUGAACUUAGAGCUGAGGUUCACAAAAGAAUCCAAGCAAGUAUUGACAGGGAACUGUGGAAAAUUCAAGGUCAAAAAGGCCAACCAAGACCUCCAAGAGAGACAAAAUCCCGUGUUUCAACGACACAAGCAGAAGAGAGAAGACAGAAACUGAAGGUCAACCUCAAACCAUCGACUGAUUCACAUGCAGAAAAAAGUGACGAUUCAGCAACAGGAACGUCUUACAGUGAUCAGCGCAGUGAAAACGACGAUGAAUGCUGUCAAUGCGAAUCGUGCAUUAAGAAAAAAAUGACGUGUAGGGCACCUCUUCAGGGAGAUUCGAUGACAACUGUACCUGCUGCCACGGCAAUCAAGUGUGCAUCUCACCCUGGAAAUAUUCAUGAAACUCAAGCGGCAGAAACCCUUGUGGAAAAAGUUAUUGUUAAAGCUUUAAGGGAAGUGGGAGAAGUACAUCCAGGCACUGAAGAUAUCUCUACAUUUGCAGCAGAUGAAAAGGAAGCAGAUGAUAUGCGUCAAGAUGCAGUUCGUGAAGAUGUUUCUGAAAAGAAUGAAGCAAAAGAACAUGCUGCCAAAGAAAUGCCUGAAAAAACUGUUGCUGAAGAAAAUAAGGAGGAGAAUGAUGCCAAUGACAUAGGUGAUGAACUGCGAAAACAAAAAGAUGAUAAAACAAGCGAAGAUAAGACUCAGGAAGAAAUGUCAGUGGAAGAGUCGUUUGUGGCAUCAACAGCUAAACAGGAAUAUGACAAAGGAGGAGCAAUGAAUGAAUGGUUGACAGCAAAGAACAUAAAACUGCCAUCAAUGCAGUUGAUCAUGCAGAAGAUGAGGGCUAAUGAAAAGGAUGCCACAGCUGAUGAAUUGUUACAUGAACCAAAAGAAUCAGGGAAAAUUGUGCAAAUUGUAUCCACAAAUGGAGAAGAAUUUGCUGAAGCUAUCAGGUCAAAUGAUGAACUCCCAAAACAAAAAGAUGCUGUACAUUAUAAUAAGAGUGCUCUAAUAAAACAUAUUGUGGUUACGAGUGAAGAUGACCCUAAGGAAGACACAGUAGAGACUUCAACAGAAGAGACUACUCUGACAUCUGAUACUAAGCAUGAACCUGAGGAAGAAGCAGCAAAGAAGGAAUGGUUAACGGUAAAGAAUACAUUGCUGCCAUCAAUGCAGAUGAUCAUGCAAAUGAGAAUUCGGAAAGACCAGCUGAUGAAAGCAGAUGGAAGUGAUGCAACAGCUGAUGAACCGCUAAAUGGACCCACAGAAGAAGCUGAAAGUGAAGACACUGAAGCCUCAAGUGAAGAUAAGUCUAAGGAAGAUGUUGCUGAAGGUACCAUGGUUCAAGAUGAAGACACACACGUUGCAGGAGCAACAGCUGAACAAAAUUUGAUGCCAGAAGACAGUAAAUCAGGGAGGUUUAAGGUAAAGAAGAGAGUGCAUAUGAUGCAGGAGGAAGCAGUGAAUGAAGACUUAGCUAUAGUUGAUGAAUUUUUAAAAGAAGAAGAAGAAGAAGCAGGGUGUAAAGGUAAACUUACUGCAGAAAAUGAGAUUGCCAGUUUGAGUGAAGAUGAGUCAGAUGAGGAGUCUGCUGAAGCUACUGCUACUGAAGAUGAAAAUACUGCAGUAGAAGCCACCACAGAAGAAAAAGAUGAGGUCUGGGAAGAAAAAAUACUCCCUGAGGAAGAGAAAAUGUCUACCGUUAGUGAAGACGAGUCUGUAGAUGAAAGCACUGACACAGCUACAGGUGACGAAUCUACAGAAGAACCAGGUGACCCGGCAACAACUGAGGAUGAGACAGCUGCAGAAAAAGAGACUAGUCUCACAGGAAAAGCUGAAUCAAAGCAUGAAAAUGCUGAAGAUGAAAUUGAAAACAAAGAUACUGCUAUGGUAUCCUCAACUGAUCAUGAAUCUGAGAGUGAGGAAGCUGUGGAAUCACUGAAGGUUGAUGAUGGAGAAGAGACUGAUGCUACCAGCGAAGGUGACUCUGACGAAGAUUUAAAUGCCACCACAAAUGAAGAAGAAGAGGAAAAUGAUGUCACAAGUAACGAUCAGUCAAAUGAACCAUCUGAAAUAGCAACAACUGAAGAUGAGUUUCUUGUAGAAAGAGAGACCACUGCUACAAGUGAGCAUGAACUUACGGAAGGCACUUACGAAGCAUCCACAGCUGAAGAUGAAAAUGUAGCUGUCGAGAGCAGCAUGGUGGCCACAAGUGAGCGUGAAUCUGAGGAAGAUGAGGUUGUGGAAAAAGGAACAGUCACUGAUGAAGAGAAGAUCCCUGCUAUCAGUGCAGAGGAGUCUGAGGGUGAAAACAAUUACACGAACAAAUUGUCAGAAGAACCAGAUCGAGCAGCAUCAGCUGAAGACAAGACAGCUGUAAGGGAAGAGAUUUCUACAGCAGGAAAAGGUGACUCAAAGGAUGAAACUGCAGUGGAAGAAACUGACAAUGAGGAAGCUGUUAAAGCAGAGGAUGCUGACAAUAGAGAAGAGAUUGGUGCUGUGACUGAAAAUGAUUCAGGAGAGGACCUAGAUGCCACCACAAAUGAAGAUGAGACAACAGAGGAGGAUGACACCACAGAACCAGCUGAAGAAACAACUGAAGACGAGCGGGUGAUCGAAACGGAGAUUGCUGUUUCAACCGAGAAUGAACCUAACAGAGGCGCUGCUGCUGAUGAAAACGUGGAAGAAACCACAAGUGACAAUGAAGCUGAAGAUAACAGUGCAGCAGAAGAGGCUGACAAUGCUGCAACAACUGAACAUGACUCAGACACAGCAGUGGCUGUGGACACCGCCAGUGCAAGUGAAUCUGAGUCAGAAGAUGAGGUUUCUGAAGCAAAAGAGAGUGCUGUCACAAGUGAAGAUGAGCUGAAGAAAGCUUUUGUUGAGGUCACUCGGGAAGAGGCAGCAGAAGAUGUGACAGAUGCCACCGAGCAUGAAUUUAACAAAGACACCAGUUCAGAUGAGUCAGAUGUGAAGGGAAUGGAUGAAAAACCGAGUGAGGGUGAGAUUGCUGAGCAAAAGGAAAUUGCUGCCACAAGUGAAGAUGAAAUGGCAGAGGAAGCAGAUGAAACCAGUGAUGAGUCAGACAAGACAGAGUCGUCUGAAAAAAUUGGAGAAAGCAGUGCUAAUGAAGAAUGUAAAGAAGAAGAAAAUGAUGAAGAUAACAGUAAGAAGCUAGCAGAAGGUGAAACCACUGGAGACGAAUCUGAAGAACCUGGAAAGGAAGAGGUGGAAUCUGGUGAAAAUGAAUUAACUUGUGAAGAUUGCACAGAGGCUUUAACAACAGAGGGCGAGACUGAAAAGCAUGAAACCACAGAGGAAGACUCAGGACAGCCUGAAGCAGGAGAGAAUGAGACUGAUGAAAGUGACAGCAGGGAAGAAUCUGGAGCAGAAGGUACAUCUGCAGGAGAGGAGGCUGAAGAAACUCAAACGGGAAAGGUGGAAUCUACAGAUGAUACGGAAGAUGAAUCCGAGCAAGAUGAAGGACAGAAUGCUGUCAGUGAAUCAGAGACUAAUUCCAACAAACCAGAGAGUGGAUGCCCAGAAAGUGAUGUCACUUGUCAAGAAGAUACUAAUGAUGUAGUGGAGCUUAAACCAGGAGAGGAUGAGGAGAUGGAGGAAAAAUCAGAAACCAAAGAAGAAAUCAGAGAAAACAACCCAGAGGAUGAUGUUACACAAUGUGAAUGUAUUAACAUCCCAGUUGGAAGUCAUGAUAAUAAUGAAGAGGAUUCCAAUGCUUCUGAAAAGGAGGAUGAGGAAACCGAGACACCCAAUGAAGACUGGAGUGAAAAAGAGGGAGAUUCAGCUGAUGGAGAAGACGAAGCAGAGGAAGACUCAGAUGAACCAGAGGAAGAAAGUGGUGACAUACAGCUUCCUUUGGUUACCAGCAAGAUAGACAAUCAAGAUGUAGCUAACAUAGUACCUAAGGAAGCGCUAAAGCCACUUGAUACUUUGAUCAAAAAGACCGCAGAAUCUGAGGACGGCACUUACGCUGACAUUGAAGAUUCAGAGCCUGAAAUAAACAGCCAAGAUGACAUUAAAAGCCUUGAGACAAAGAGUGUGAAAAAGAAGUUGUUUUGAAUUGACCGUGACUCUGCCAAAGCUGAAGGUGACUGAUAGAGAGUGAGACAUGGGAGAAAAAAAUGAGGGGUAUUCUUAAUAUUUUAGGUUAGGUCUCCUAAAUGAAAAAAAGCAAAAGGACUGAUGUAGAUUAUCCUAAAUCUAAAGUAGCACUAUUACACUCUACUUAACAAGCACUAAACAUGAUAAGCACACAAGAUGAGAUGCUACAGCAAAUUCUAGUAUCUGCAGAACACAAACUGCUCAUGCAACAAUAUGAAAAACUUGAAUGUAUAUAAUGCAUAUCUAAACUAAAUUAUAGAGUAUUUUAUUACAUAUCACCUGCAAUUCUGAGCCUUAGACAGAACACGGCACUGUUUAUGAGCUAUGCUUUCCAAAACUUGACAGGAUGGUCCUGUUCCUGUGAACAACUUACAAAUGUCACACAUGCACACACAUACUGCAAUUUUUGUCAGAAUUGCUGCAGUUCUUUUACAUGUUUUGCUGCUUAACAUUUUCUGCAGGAGUGUUGGUGUUUUUGAAUGUAUCCUAUUUAAUCAAAUAGGUUUUGAUUCUAUUAUAAGCAUGCAAAAAAUAUGUAAUUUUCCAUAGCCCCAAAACUGUUGGGGUGCUGUGUAUGAAAAGUUCUUUAAAAAUCAAUUGAGAUCUUUAUUUAUUUGUCAGAGUUUUGAAAUAUAUAAUUCUCAGGUUCAAUAUAUUUUGUCUUUGAACCUUUUCUAAUCAAUUAUAUAUGGAUUCUGGCUUCUACCUGUCUUAUACAGCACCCACACUUUUUUUUGGAAAAAAAGGUUGUAAAAUGAGUUUUCUCAGCAACCUGGAAAAAACUAAUAAUAUUUAUUUAUGUGUUUGGUGUACUGCUGUGUAUGUAAUGUACUCUUGUACUCUAGUGUUGCAUAUACAAGAGCAAAACUUGAAGAUGAUCGCCAUCAGUGUAAGCAGAUGGAAAUCUCUCAAAAGUAAUGAAAGUCAGAGCUGGGUUUUAUGUAUCACAACAUCCUGCCCUUAUGUAUUUUAGAUGAUUCAGCUGUAAUUACAUGAAGAAUCUACGUGAUUUUCUGUGGUGCAGGGAAUUACCUUUGCUCAGUGUACUGCACAUAUUGAUAUUAAACAUACUUGAAAGUAA